CUGGAUGCGGGGCUAGAGGCUCGGGGCUGGGCGCGCUCCCGCGGAGCCGGAGCCGCAGAGGCUCCCGGGCUGGACUCAGGCUUCUCAGGAAAUCUGGCAUUUUUUAAAGUUUGCGCCCCACAAAGAGGAAAUAUUCCAAAGGUACUCAGGAUGUAAAAGGGGAGAUCUUCACAGAUGCCUCCGUGGAUGGCAUGGCAAUCCAUCCAUCAAUGAGAAGACCAUGAUUUCUUUUAAUUUUCUGUGUGUUUCCACAUUCCCCAGUGAGAAUUCUUCCACCUUUUUUUGUGCCAUGGGAAAAACCUGAAGGGCAGGCAGAGCUGCUCCCGAACUUGUGACCUUCUCUGAGGUUGCAGCGGCUCUUGUAGAACAUGACUCUGGGACAUCACUUCCUUUUGUUUUCUUUCGGAGCUGAACCAAAGAAUGUGCACCCUCUUUCUCUAGUGCUGUGGUGUCUGCUUAUUUUUGUAUUUGUGCUUUCCAUCCAUCUUCUGUGAUCACAAGGCAUUCUUAAGGUUUUCCAGCACAACUUGCGGACAUCCAGACUCGUGGGGGGCCCACCCAUGGCUCGGUAAGCCAGCAGCCCAGGACACUGGCACUACCAUGAGGCACUGCAUUAAUUGCUGCAUACAGCUGUUACCCGACAGCGCACACAAGCAGCAGGUCAACUGCCAAGGGGGCCCCCAUCACGGUCACCAGGCGUGCCCCACGUGCAAAGGAGAAAACAAAAUUCUGUUUCGUGUGGACAGUAAGCAGAUGAACUUGCUUGCUGUUCUCGAAGUGAGGACUGAAGGGAACGAAAACUGGGGUGGGUUUUUGCGCUUCAAAAAGGGGAAGCGAUGUAGCCUCGUUUUUGGACUGAUAAUAAUGACCUUGGUAAUGGCUUCUUACAUCCUUUCUGGGGCCCACCAAGAGCUUCUGAUCUCAUCACCUUUCCAUUACGGAGGCUUCCCCAGCAACCCCAGCUUGAUGGACAGCGAAAACCCAAGUGACACAAAGGAGCAUCACCACCAAUCCUCUGUAAAUAAUAUUUCAUACAUGAAGGACUAUCCAAGCAUUAAAUUAAUUAUCAACAGCAUCACAACUAGGAUUGAGUUCACGACCAGACAGCUCCCAGACUUAGAAGACCUUAAGAAGCAGGAGUUGCAUAUGUUUUCAGUCAUCCCCAACAAAUUCCUUCCAAACAGUAAGAGCCCCUGUUGGUACGAGGAGUUCUCGGGGCGGAACACCACCGACCCCUACCUCACCAACUCCUACGUGCUCUACUCCAAGCGCUUCCGCUCCACCUUCGACGCCCUGCGCAAGGCCUUCUGGGGCCACCUGGCGCACGCGCACGGGAAGCACUUCCGCCUGCGCUGCCUGCCGCACUUCUACAUCAUAGGGCAGCCCAAGUGCGGGACCACAGACCUCUAUGACCGCCUGCGGCUGCACCCUGAGGUCAAGUUCUCCGCCAUCAAGGAGCCACACUGGUGGACCCGGAAGCGGUUUGGAAUCGUCCGCCUAAGAGAUGGGCUGCGAGACCGCUAUCCCGUGGAAGAUUAUCUGGACCUCUUUGACCUGGCCGCACACCAGAUCCAUCAAGGACUGCAGGCCAGCUCUGCAAAGGAGCAGAGCAAGAUGAAUACAAUCAUUAUCGGGGAGGCCAGUGCCUCCACGAUGUGGGAUAAUAAUGCCUGGACGUUCUUCUACGACAACAGCACGGAUGGCGAGCCACCGUUUCUGACCCAGGACUUCAUCCACGCCUUUCAGCCCAAUGCCAAACUGAUUGUCAUGCUCAGGGACCCUGUGGAGAGGUUGUACUCAGACUAUCUCUACUUUGCAAGUUCGAAUAAAUCCGCGGACGACUUCCAUGAGAAAGUGACAGAAGCACUGCAGCUGUUUGAAAAUUGCAUGCUUGAUUAUUCACUGCGCGCCUGCGUCUACAACAACACCCUCAACAACGCCAUGCCUGUGAGGCUCCAGGUCGGGCUCUAUGCUGUGUACCUUCUGGACUGGCUCAGCGUUUUUGACAAGCAACAGUUUCUCAUUCUUCGCCUGGAAGAUCAUGCAUCCAACGUCAAGUACACCAUGCACAAGGUCUUCCAGUUUCUGAACCUAGGAGUCAGAGCCUUGUGGCUGAGUUUUGGCUGCUGAUCAUGGAUGCUGGGCCCCUGGGGCAUGAGCGCCUGCCCUCAGCCUGUGGAUACCAGCACCCCCAGGGGCCUGAGAGUCACUUUGUGGUGACAGGCCACACUGCUGACUAUGGUGAUGGCUGGCAGAGGCAUGUGCUGGCGGAGCGAGUGCUGCCCAUGUGGACGGGGCACCGAGGGAUGGCUUGAAAGGCUGAGCAGGCUCGAACAAGCCGCCCUCCUUCCCAGAACGCCUCCUGCAGCCCUGACUAAUGGUCUUGCCUGGGAACUUGGUUAAUUGAGUAUUUCUGGAAAUAUAUCUGCCUGCCACUGGGACUUGGGCCUCUUUGAUCAUUUGAUUUUGUUUCUCCUUUUUUUGGAGUUUGAUGAGUUCUUUCCCUUCCAAGGCUUAGAAUCAUCUUUCUUUGAUUUGACCACAUGUUGACUCUGUCCCAUUAAUGAGCUUGUCUUUUGUCCCCAAGAUGGAUAGUAAGGCCAAUUCUGUAUUUCAUAUGGCCCUAGGAUGCUGGGACAUGCUUUUUCUGUCUAUGGGCUAAGGACUUUGGCCAGAUCCCAAGAGCCCCCGGUAAAGAGGCUUGAGCAGUGAUGGGUUACACCAAGAAGCUGUGGCCCAGAGGGCGGGGCGUUGGGGUCGCAGCCCCUGCUGUUCUGUUUUCAGGGCCUCUCACUCCAGAGGGCGGGGCGUGUGGGUGACUGACAGCCCCUGCCGGCCUUUUCCAGGGCCUCUCCUCACUCCAGAGGGCGGGGCGUGGCGGUGACUGACAACCUCUGCCAGCCUGUUCCAGGGCCUCGCCUCACUCCAGAGGGCGGGGCGUGGGGGUGACUGACAGCCCUUGCCGGCAGGCCUCUGCUCGCUGAUCUCCUUGCUGCAGAUGGAGGUUCAGCCAGUGGGGGCCCUGGGCACAGGUGGCCUCCUCCCAGCCCUCCUCCCUAUGGCCACUUCACAGCAAGACGCACAGGGUGAAACUGUGCAGGCCCAGGGACCUUGGCAUGAGCAGCCUGAAGUAGAAACGAUGAUGGCGGAAUUCCAGAGGGCUGCUGAGCAGGAAAACCGAAACCCAUGGGCUGUGCUCGGCAGGCCGCACGUUCCUCCAAGGAUGGGCUGACACCCGUGGAGAGCAGCCCACCAAGGGCAAUUGGAAGGGAAUCCUUGAGGUCAGCCUUAGACGCUGUAUCAUCAUUAAAUGCCAGCUGGGCUCCCCCGAGGGUGGGCAUCCUGCACCCGCCGCAGAAUUUCUUUGCAAUUUCCUGAUGGUGUUUCCACCUGCCUCCCUCAGUGCUUCCAAAAUGGAUCCAGCCAAAGAAUUUUAAUCCCUAAAUACAUUCUCUUAAAGGAAACUCCUGUCUGAAUACGAAGCAUAGCUGGGAUUUUUGCAAAGUCCCUUUUACUUCCUGCCAUGCCUCCUGCCUUACGGGACUCGUCUUCUUUUAUUCUAGGGCCCUUAAGUGAGAAGCAGGAGGCUUUGAUGACCAAGAGCCCCGCAUCCAAUGCACGGCGUCCCGAGGACCGGAACCUGGGGCCCAUGUGGCCCAUCACACAGAAGAUUCUGCGGGAUUUCUACAGGCCCUUCAACGCUAGGCUGGCGCAGGUCCUCGCGGAUGAGGCGUUUGCGUGGAAGACGACGUGAGAGCUGAAUUGUUGCUGCACGUGCUGGGCCCGCCAAUGCCGUCAUCAUCAGGAUUUUACAAAUCUCUUUGCGGGGAACUGUUUCACUCAUGGUGUGGAAAACCCCAGGACUCUGCCACUCUAGGCACACAUGAAUUAUAACCAUUUUGGAAUUGCCUUUGUGAUGUUCGAGAGCUCAGCAAUGGACCCCUCACAGAGCUCCUCUAUCCGAGGCCAUUGGAGACCCCAGUUUCUCAAGAAUUCAGCUCUGCUCUGAGCGUCCUGGAGCUUGGGGAUGCAGCCAGCUGGCCUGCACUGGGUGUGGAGAGAACACCUAGGGAAGGCAGCCCGGCCCUGCCCGCCUCCGCCUUCUGGAGAUCCUCUGGGUUCUGAGUCAGCAAGCCAGAGGUCAUGCCACAGGCCUGGCUGGAACUUACACUUCACGUUCCCUUUUUUUCCCCCUAGAGAUGGGGUCUCGCCGUGUUGCACAGACUGUCUGUAUUCAAUGGCUAUCUUCACAGGUGUGAUCAUACCACAUUCACUUCUGAAACACUCUUGUUGCGAUCGCUAACCUCACUGGGACAGAGAACCGCAGUCUUUCGAGAAUGGAGGCUCUUCAUUUUUUUUUUCUCCUUUACUCCAAACUCAGCCCUCCAGUUUCUUCAGAUGUAAACCCUGUUAACGUCACUGUUUCCAAAAGGAAAAAAAUAAGUCAGUUUUUGGCAGCACCUUCAUCUUUCUGACCUCCUCCUAUUCUGUCCUUGUGGACUUAUGUUUAACAUAGAAAAUGAAUGCAUUUAAAACAAAACCACUUUCUGCAUUUAACCAGUCCUGGCUCUCUCUCUGCUGCCUCUUUAUACGUUUUCUCAAGAACUUCAGUUUAUAAUUGGAAGGGAAAUUUUUGCUGUUAAUGCCAGAAUGAGCAACCUCAAGGAAUUGAACACUUCAUGGAAGAUCUAGGUAAUUCAAGCCCUCAUCAGGUUUACAAGAUCAUCAGAGAAACAGAGGAUUUUAAUUUUUAGUUCUGGCCGGCUACAGGCUCCAUUUCUCUGCCUUCCCAUUGGAAAUAGUUUAUUUCCACAUUCUCCACUGCGUGUGGUCAAAGUUCCUCACCCAGCAAGGGACUAUAGAUACUCGUGUCCCAAUUCCAAAACACAAUGCACAAGCUGAACUUGGGCUGAACGUGGCGUGUUGAGAUUUGGAAUGAGGUUUCUAAGAGCCGUGUUCUUCAUGGAAUUUUCCAGGCUACUUGGCAGCUUGGUUUACCGAUGGAUGGGCUAGAGAUCUUGUCGUUUUCUUGGAAGUCACAGGGAAGAUUGAAGAGAACGCUUGAGCAUCCUUGGCAACAGCCCAGGUGGGACCUGGAUGAAGCUUUGCACUCAAGUAUUGUCAAGGGAAGCUUCCUGUGAACCAAAGUUCUCAGGCCAAGGUCUCGCCCACCAAAGCCAGAAAGUGCAAGCACCCAUCUACCCAGCUCUAACUUGUAUGUGUGAGACAGACCAGGCUUCGGGGGUAGGAGGACCUGCAGUUGCUCAGCCGUCCCCUCCUGGUGGUGGUGUCUUUCUGCCAUCAGAGAAGGGACACACAGCCCGUUUGAAGGUGUGCAGAGGGCUCUGAGCGCCAGGAUGGCCGGGGCUGUUUUUGCUACUGAAGGAGCGUGUGUCCUGAACUCCCACUUGCAGGGACAGUCCCCACCUUCUCUAUAGCCGGCACUGGGAGCAGCCGCCAGCAGGGAAAUCUGGCCUGAGCACAAGGAUGCUUUAGGGAGAGAUCACUUCAGUGUGUGUGUAUAUUUAUUUGCAGUACAGUGUGCGUGCGUGUGUGUGUGUGUACGCGCACGUGUGGGUGAGUGCGUCUUCUGAGUGGGUUCUGUUCAGUUGCUAAUGAGGCUCCUCCGCUCUGGACACAACCCUUUUAUAGAUUAAUUUCUCUGCCAAUUAACUUGUCAUUUUCAGUACAUAUUUUACUAUUCCACACCAACCAUAAUUACAACAAGGGAUUUUUCUUAUGCACUCCUAUGCAUGUGAAUAACAUGUGGUGUAAUUCUGCUUCUUACAGAAGUAUUACUGAAGGUAUUAUUUCCAAUAUUAUUUGGUUUAUUAUGCGGCUCUUUUUUAUAUAUGCAGUCCCAUCCCUUCUGUGCCACUCAAUGCCAUCCAGACGUGGUUUUUCCCUCCAGGGGCCUUUCUCCAGAGGGCACUUCGGCUGCCUCUGCUUCCUCUCGUUCGAGGCCCGGCUCUUGCUGACAGAAUAGGUUCCGUUCUGGGCGGUGGUUCUCAAGCCUGCCAUUCAAAACCAAAGCAAAUUGGAGCAUUUCUCACAACAUGGUAUUGAAGUUCCUUUUUGUUCUCAAAAGCUGUGACCGUGUUAAAUUGUACUCCCUUAGUCCUGUAAGGUAUGUUAAGUGAAUCGCAGUUACGCUGUACUUUUAUUAAUAUUUAACAUAAUUAAAGAUGGACCCAUAAGAGUGA